GUUGGGCGCGCGCUGUGAAGAAAACUAUUUGAAAGAAAAAAUGGCGGAAAAACAUUUGGAGGCUGAAAAAGACGGUUGUGGAAUUGUCACUGUUGCUGAAAACCAGGAUGAGUCUCUGUGUACCAAGGACAACUCAGUGACACAGACAUCGAAAAGAUACUCCUCCACAAGCCCCGGCACAGCUCCCCCACUCAAAUCUCCCCGCACCGACCCCCUCUCACCCACCAUGCAGACGCCAGAUGCAAGAGAAGGACAUUCAGAGACAGACAAACAAGAAAUGCAGACAGAAAACACAGAGGUACCUCCAAGUUCCUCUGUCAGCCCCACUGCACGGAGGAAAUCCUGGAGAAGAGCUACCAUAACCCGACGCUCUCUCCCUGCUCUCCCCAACCCUUAUCAGGUUUUGUGCAGGAGCAUAAGUAAAUCCUUGUCACAACAAGAGAGGCUGGAGAAAUUGAUGGAGGCUUCAAUGAGGCUGGCAAUUGAAAGAACUCAAAAUUCGCUCCAGUCGGUGCCGAACACCUCACUGGACUGUUUUCAAAAACAAGUUAAGCACAUGCAGAAAGAGUGGAGUUGUCUGGCCAAUACCAUACAAAACGAAGCACAUAGUCAUCAACUUGCUGAUAGUGCUGCCAGUUCUUGUGAUCCUGCAGUGCAGAGAGCAAUGGAAAAAGUCCAGAAAGCCAUCAACAGGCUCCAGGCUGAAAGUGAAUCUUGGGAGGCACUGUUGAAAAAGCAUUGGAGUAAAACAGAGGAACUGGAAAGAAAAAUGGAGCGGGGCCAGGAGAGAGGCUUAUCCUUAGACACUGCAUGUGUGGCCCAAUCCACCCAGUACCUUUUCAUACAGAACAAACCCGACUACCAUGGUCUCCUCUGUAGACAACAGCCGUUCCUUCACACUAUAGCAAUGAUUAUGGACACACAAUGUAAGAUGGUUGGAGAGCUUCUGUCCAUCAAGGAGCAGUCACAGUUAUUGGUGAAAGAGACCAGUGGUCGAUUGGCGGCCGAGGCAGGAUUCCAGGAUCUUUCACCUGACCCAAUCAGGAACCUUAUGGCAGUACCUUUAUCCUCUGCAACCACAUAGUCACUUUGGCAGGAGGCAAGCACAAGCUGUCAAUCCUCUGUCAGACAAUAGUUCUUUAUGACUUGUAUAUGAUCUUAGAUGUGUACUCUCUGGUAAUUUUACUGUUAAAUGAACAUAAUUUCUUUGCCCUGUCUUUGCUGUCUUCUUCAUAAACAUAAACUAAACAAACUAAUUUUAUGUUUUCUGUGUCAAAUUAAAACCAUUUCAGUCAUCAGCAGGACUGGCAAUAGAGCUAGUUCAGGUAGUCCAUGUGCUUGACCAGCAGGUGGCAGUGGUUGGCUUUCCAAAAUUGUGACAAGCUUGGUGAAUGGCUAGAGCAGAUUCUUCUGUAAAGCCUGAAUUAAGUGCAUGCUCACCUGUAAAACCUGACAUUUUUCAAACUAGAUUGCCAGCUGUUAUAAAUUAAGGAAUGGCCAAAUGCCCGAGAAAUCUUUGGCAACUUCCAGCAAAACAAGAUUAUUGGUUGUUUGUCAACAAAUAAAUACUGAAAAAUUCCCCACCUCUUAGAACUAAAACCUGUUCAUUUAAAAUAAAUAUUCAAAUAUGAUGACUGUAUCAGAAACCAAAACUGAUUUUGUCAAUGAAAUGGACUUGAAAUUUUUAAAAUGUGGGGUGCAUUUGAAGUGACAUUUUUAAGCAGUUUGAUUACUACUAUUUUUAAAAUGUGAUCAAAAGUGAUGUGCAAAGAGUAUACUUUGUGUUGUUUUCAAAGUUUUAUUAAACCUAUUAAAAAUAUGGCAAUUUUUCCCCCAGAAGUCACGUGUACAUCAGGAAAACAUUAACUAUAAAGAUUAUGAAGCUGUGAGCAAAACAAGAUGGUUUGAAUGCAUAAGGAUUCUACUGUGUAGUUUGCCUACAGUCUUUAUGUGCAGGCCUUUUUACAUGCUCAUUCUUGGUCACAUUUACUCUCUUUUUGUUGCUGCAUCUAUUUCACUUCAUCUGUGUCCCCUGACCAUUCAGGAGGAGGCCCCUCCCCCACAGUGACUCACCCCCAUCUCUUGCGUUUGGCUGGGUCACUGAUGCAGAACGAAGCUUUGACAUUGUACCAGUCAGUCAAAGCUUUGUUCACUAUCACUUAUCUCCUGGACCAAUUCACUCAUUAAUGUUCAUACUUAAUUUGUUUUUCUGAUGACUGCAGUAGAAAGGAAAUCCUCUUUCCCCAUGGCUAACAAUAAAUAAGAGAGAAUGGCUUUCUGUGUUCUGCAGUUAUGAUCUUCAACAUGGAGUGUGGUAAAUUUUCCUUGUUGUAUUCAAGGGAGUGACUAGAGAGCACAGGGACAAGCAAAGAGAAGACAAGCAGGGUUGUGGCCGUGAGAGUUGUGAGUAAGGGAGGAUGGUGCACAGCAGGAGAGAUCGAUUCUUAUUUAGAUGAAAAUGAGGCUUGAUGCUUGUGGGGUGAGAGGAGGGCAGCUUUAGCAUCCAAAUGAAUAGAGGUUUCACAGAAAUGAUCCUUAAA